AUGUCUCUUCCACAAGCAAAGAAAGACAUAAGCGACCACCCCGCGGCCGGCUCUGUCGCGGAUCCCGUCAACCGCGACAAGAAGAACGCUGAUGUUGACCGCAAGCUUCGCAUGUACGGCAUCGCGACUGCCGUACGCGAGUCGCGCCUCCCCACCAACACCCAGAUCGACGGAGGCCUCGAAUACGCCCUCGACCACUCCCCCGUCCCCACAGACCGACUGUCCGAGUCUGGCCAGGUUCUCAUUCGGGAUCUGCGCGAGAUCCUCAACACCCUUCGUGUGAUGUUUCAAGAGAAGAACGCCGGCGAGCUCCUCCAGAAUUUCGUCUGGCAUACACGCAGCACAGAUACAAAUCGCGCGAAGAAAGACCCAAAAGAUGCUGUCCCCGUGCGUCAGGGAAAGGGCCGAGAAGACGCAAAUCAGGCGGCUCAGCAUCUCCGCACGCUCUCCAGUCUCGUCCUUACGAACGCUGAGGUGCGCAAGCUCGUCGGCGAUUUUGGCGUUAUCGGCCGCGACUUGCUCGCUCGCGGCGCAAGUAAAGCUGCUGAGAUGGCGCGUCCUGAUGAGGAGCGCCUUCGCCGAGUUGACGAGCCUGGCCCAGACCAUAAAUUCAUCUCUCAAGGAGGAAAGGAGGUUGGUCCUGAUGAGACGCCAAUUCCUGAAGCGCGAAUUCCUGGCACUAGUCAUCGUAUUGCGCAGGACCCUCGAGAAGAGUUCGGACAAGGUGCUACUGUCAGAACUGAGGGUGGUGACGUGCGCCGUGGGGGUGAUAUUGCGGACGAUGCUCAACGCCGCAAGGACGAGUUUACGGAUCGCGCACAGGAUGAGGUUCAGGCCCAGAGGGAUGACGUCCAGGAGAACAUCCAAGGAGACGAAGGAGCUGAUACGGGCACAAAGAAAAGUCGGCUGCAGAAUAAGAUGGCCGGUAUGCGGGACCAAAUCACUGGGCGCAUCCCACAGGAGCACAGAGACAAGACCCAAGAGCACGCCACUCGGGUGAAGAAUUUCCUCAGCGACGAAUAUUUCCCGCAAGAGCGCCGUGAUCAGCUUAUAUUCCGCCUGAAGAAAGUCAUUAUCGAGUGUCAGAAUCACAAGGAUUACCAAGAGAGUAUUCGCUGGCUUUUGGACACUGCCGAUGAGUAUAUCACUCAGGGUCGGACAGCUGCAGGGAAAGGCAAGCAAUCCCACCAGCAACUGGGUUCGGAUGACAACCUCCAGUUGGCCAUGCGCGAGCUCCGUACACUUCUGGAGCGUUUCGCAAACGGCGUAAGCAUGGACAUCAUCGUCAAUGCAAUCCGCCAGCUCUACGACGACUCUCGUCGUGAUGAAGGCCUUCGCCACUGGCUUCGCGAGGUCAACGAGUUCGUACGCCAGUGUCUCAUGGAGGCUGGUUAUGUGCUGGACGAUCAAUGCAAUCAGCGUGCGAACGAGCUGCGCGAGUCUGGCCGCCGCUACUACGACGACAAGUACAAGAGCCACUUUGACAACGUUUGGAACUCGUUUGCUGAAUGGAUCGCUGCGUGGGGCAAUGAUCCGAUCAACCGCCGCUUUGGUCAGGACUGGUCACGCCUCACGAAGGAUCUGUUAUUUGAUAGCGAAGGAAGCCUGAAGUACAAGCCGGAGUUGUGGACGGACGUCCGGAGGGUUAUUGUUCCGAGUUUGAUCAGCCACAUUGGAUACAUCCCGAUCCCGCGCAUCGAGUAUACGGAUGAGGCGUUCGACCUGGUCUUGGAGAAUUUGGCGCUGUCAGGGCGUAAUGUGUUCCCGAACGUCGUCAGCGUGGACGUGCGCAAUCAUAUGAGGUUUAGUCCGUACGAUACGAUCCGGGAUGAGUCUCACCAUGAAAUCACGCUUGUCCUCGGACAAAUUCAAGCUGAUCUCCGCGACGUCGCGUUCUUCUAUCACAAGAAGACUGGCAUGCCGAAGAUGUCUGACUCGGGUAUGGCGGAUGUGCUGCUCGGCGGCUCAGGCAUGACGGUUACAGCGCACCUCGCGACAGCUCACGACCCGGCGUCCGUCUUCCAGGUGAAGAAUGUGGCUGUCAAGGUGGACUCGCUCAAGUUCGCCGUCCGAGAUUCGAAGCACGACGCGCUGUACAAGACGAUCGCACCGCUCGCGACGGGGCUUGUGAAGCGUCAGCUGCAGAAGGCGCUAGGGGGCGCGGUACGCACUGCGCUGGAGUACCUUGACGGGAAGCUGGUGGCAGUGCGCGACCAGAUGUCGGAGGCAAAGGCGAGCGAGGACACUAGCAGAAGGCAAGUGCUUCGCGACCAGUUCGCGCACAAGAAGGAAGAGGCACAGGAGAAGGGCGAGGAGAAGCCGCAGCAUUUCAAGGUUGUGACGAGCCCUGGUGCAGAGCUGCUACCGGAGCGGGGACAUCCGCAGGGAUGGGUGAAACGCGCGGGUGUGCAAAUGGAUGCUGCGAGACAUGGGGAGGAGUGGAGGAGCGAUGCGUACAACCUCUGA